CUGGUUAGCAAAUCAUAUCCUGUGAAGCUCCCAUUGGACAGUGCAGGGCUGAGUUUUUAAGUUGUCACAUUGAUUGAAAUAGACACAUCCUACUCCACAUGGUUUAUACAGCACACAGUGAGCACGUAGGACCUCAUUAGACUGGACACAACUCCAGGAUAGGAUAUCUGAUCUGUUCCUCUCCUUGCAGCAUCUGAAUUCUGAAUAGGAAAAUAACUUCCAAAGGGGUUUUGUUUAGAGUGAAGAUAUCAUCAUGGUUCCAUGUGGACCAGUGUUGUCAUUAGCACGAAGUGUACUUCGAAGGAAGAUUGUAACAUUGGACAGUCUUGAGGAUUCCAAACUAUGUCGCUGCCUUUCUACUGUGGACCUGAUUGCUCUUGGAGUUGGAAGCACUCUCGGGGCUGGAGUCUAUGUUCUCGCUGGAGAAGUUGCCAAGUCGAACUCUGGUCCUAGCAUUGUGCUUUCCUUCCUCAUUGCUGCACUAGCUUCUGUAAUGGCAGGUCUCUGCUAUGCUGAAUUUGGAGCCCGCGUGCCAAAGACUGGCUCUGCAUACCUUUAUACAUAUGUCACAGUGGGGGAACUCUGGGCUUUUAUUACGGGCUGGAAUCUCAUUUUAUCUUAUGUCAUUGGCACUUCCAGUGUAGCAAGAGCAUGGAGUGGUACAUUUGAUGAACUUCUGGGGAAGCAGAUUGGCGUGUUUUUUAGAACCUAUUUUAGGAUGAAUUCCCCUGGCCUGGCUGAAUACCCUGACUUUUUUGCAGUUUGUCUUAUUUUGCUUUUGUCAGGAUUGUUGUCUUUUGGCGUGAAAGAAUCUGCCUGGGUGAACAAGGUGUUCACAGCUAUCAAUGUGCUUGUCCUCUUGUUUGUGAUGAUUGCUGGGUUUGUGAAAGGAGAUCUCCACAACUGGAAGAUAACAGAGUCGUUUCUCCAGAAUAUCUCUGCUCCUCCAGGAAAUUUUGUGUCCUAUGAAAAUGUGACAAGUAAACACGGUGUCGGAGGCUUCAUGCCAUAUGGAAUGACUGGGAUGCUGGCCGGAGCUGCUACUUGCUUCUACGCCUUCGUUGGAUUUGACUGCAUUGCAACAACCGGGGAGGAAGUACGGAAUCCACAGAAAGCAAUACCCAUUGGAAUUGUGACCUCUCUGCUGGUGUGCUUUAUGGCGUAUUUUGGAGUAUCAGCAGCUCUGACCCUAAUGAUGCCAUAUUACUUGCUGGAUGAGAAGAGCCCACUGCCUGUUGCAUUUGAGUAUGUUGGCUGGGGUCCUGCCAAAUAUGUUGUGGCUGUUGGUUCUCUUUGUGCCCUCUCAACCAGUCUGCUCGGAUCCAUUUUUCCAAUGCCCCGUGUAAUCUAUGCUAUGGCGGAGGAUGGCUUGCUUUUCAAAUUCCUAGCUCAGAUCAGUCCCAGGACGAAGACCCCUGUAAUUGCCACCCUGUCGUCUGGUGCAGUGGCAGCCAUAAUGGCGUUUCUGUUCGACCUGAAAGCUUUGGUUGACAUGAUGUCCAUCGGAACACUCCUGGCCUAUUCUCUUGUGGCAGCCUGUGUUCUUAUUCUCCGGUAUCAGCCUGGAUUGGGAUAUGAGAAACCUAAAGGUGCUCCAGAGAAAGAAAUGUUAUCUGCAUCAGAAAGGGAAUCAAUGAUGAACGAGUCUCAAAUCAUGAUGCUACAAGAACAAAGAUUUAGUUUUCAUUCUCUUCUCUACCCUGCCAGUGUGCCAACAGAACAGUCUGCCUCUGUGGUCAGCAUACUAGUGGGGCUGCUAGCAUGUAUUAUUUGUGCAUUAAGUGUCUUGACGACGUAUGCAGUGACAGCAAUAGCCAAUUUGGAGGCAUGGAGUAUCGCUCUUCUUGCAAUAUUCGUCAUACUCAUCUGCUUUAUUGUGUUUAUCAUCUGGAGGCAACCACAGAACCAACAUAAAGUUGCUUUCAUGGUUCCGCUCCUACCUUAUCUGCCAGUUUUUAGCGUACUGGUAAAUGUUUAUUUAAUGGUGCAGCUAAGUGGUGACACCUGGAUAAGGUUUAGCGCCUGGAUGGCUCUUGGUUUUCUGAUUUACUUUGCUUAUGGCAUUAGACAUAGUCUUGAAGGGAAACCCAAAAAAGAAGAUGAUGAUGAUGAUGGUGAUUCAGAAAACAGUGGUAUGGAAGAAAAAACUCCAGAAAAGGAAAAUGAAGAGGAAAAUGCCAAAGAAAGUGACCAUUUUAUUUUACGUGAAAGGACAAGUGAAUGCUAGUGAUUAGCAAGUCUUGAAAGAAUAGAAGAGGCCUCUUUCAUGCCGCACACUGCACCUGCAUUAGGAUAAGUUGUCCAGUGUUUGAUAUUAAAAGAACUGUGUGCAAAAUGCUGGAACGAUGACAGAUCACAGUGGGAUAGAACUCUUUUCUGUGGAUCCAUGUGUUCUACCAAAAAUAACAUAGUUGUAACUCUGUUUUCCAUGUCUCCGUAGAAAUAUGAGAGGUGUUUUGAGGUCUUGCUGCUAAAUUGCUUUAUUUUAAGUGUACAUAUCAUACUGUGCAAGAGCUUUUCAGCGACUGAAUGAAAGUUAAAAUGUGAGAAGCUCAAAUAGAAAAAUGAUUUUUGUUACUUUUUUUUUUUUUAAUUAGGCAGCAUGCCACAUUCCCGAACGUCUUUUUUUAAUUUAAAUUGAAUGUACAAACAUAGCUUAUUUUUUUUAUUAGCACUAGUUUAUUAUUGUUAUUGGGAUAAUCACCUUCAAAUCUACACAACAGAUGUUUCUCAGGAAUGAUUUUUACUUUUUUAAAUGAGUCUUAACUUUGCAUUGGGAAACUUGCUUGCAGCGUUAAGGUAAUUAUAUCUACUGAGCUAGCAAGUAUGCCCAUGCAUAUAUACAGGGGCUGGACUGAUUGUAGUAUUUCCCAGUUUUUUAAAUAAUGCAAAGCCAUAACCUUGUAACCUUUUCUCACUCAAUAUGAAACAUCUCUAAUAUCGACAUUAAUCUAUAGAUGGGUUACAAUCUUUUUUAUGCAUUAUCACCACUGCCUUAUGAGAAGUCAGUACUGCGCAAUGUUUUUUACAGUUAAAUAAAACUUAGUAUCCCAUACUUACCAAGAAGCCAGGUCAGAUAUGACUGACAGUCAUUAUUUCCAAUGGUCUGAACCAUCCAGCAGUUUAAUUUUGUUGAUAUGCAGUGUGAGCAUGUCAUACAAAAGAAUCCUGAGGUAACAGAAUAAACACAUCAUCAUUUUCUAAAAUGUUUAACCAUU